AUGGCCUGGGGACAUAGCUCAGCAGUAAAACGCCUGCUAAGGAUGUGUAAAGCCCCAAAUUCAAUCUCCGGCAUCUCACACUCACUGAAUAUGGAGUUGCCCCAUGCUCUCAGCCCCAGAUCAAUCUGGAUUUUGCCACUACUGGCCAAAUUUACCUCACACUAACUUCAUCGGAAAUGAGAAGUGGCCAUUUCAUAAGGAAGAACAAUCCAGGAGCACAUACCAGACAAGGUGGCCCCUGGGGCUCAACACCACAAGUUCCCAGCUUCCGUACUCUUAAGCUUCCUUUCCCAGACGGCUAAUGAAGUUUCCAGAACUGGGUCUCUCUUUCUUCUGUCAGCCUUGGCACACAUGUCUACACCACAAGUUUGGCAGCUUAGUCUGGGGUGAGAAGGACUAGGCUAAGGAAGAGAAGUAUCAGUGUCUGGAGCCAAGUGGGAUGCUGGGCAAACACACUAGCAAAUAUGUCCCCAUAGCCCAGAGAUAAAAGGUAUUACUCAUGAGCCUGUGGGGCUCUGAGGGUGGUAGGCCUCAGGAUGCCUAUAAGGAACAAGAAUGUGGGUAGGUCCAUUGUGACUGAGGACACCUGGACAACCACAUUAUAAAGCCAGAGGGAGUUGGGAAGGGUUUGUCAGCACUAGACAUUACAGAGUAGCCCUGGAUGGGGGGUAGGUACAGAUCCAGGUUAAGUAAUCACUGGGGUAGGGGAAGUCAGGGCAAGGAGUCCAGGAGCCCAGAGCCUAGGGCAAACCCUGGAUGAAGGAGAGGUCUGUAAGGCCAGUGGGAAACUACCAAGGGGGCAGGGCCUAGGUGACAUGGUAGCUGGAAACACAAGGCUAGAGAGGUCCUGGGUGAGCAGCCAGAGGGGGCCUGGGUGAGCAGCUUGAGCUCUGCCAUCACAGGACUAAGCACAGAAGGGCCAAGAACAACUGGAGGGAAGUGGCCAAGCUGCCCACAGCCCUGGUUUCUACCUCCCCAGUCUGGCCAGGCUCCCUGCCUCUGUGGAAACAGUCAUGUCCCCAUCCCUCCCUCCCUAUCUCUACUGCAAAGGGGUGGGGAGUGCUGAGGCCCUCCCUCUCUGGGCCAGCAUUGGAGCAGCACACUGGGUGAUAAGAACUUAGGCGAACUCUGCCUGUGGCAGGCAACAUGAAGGAAGAAACAGCUCUCCUGGCGACCGUCACCCUCCUGGGAGUUCUGCUGCAAGGUGAUCUCUGCGCGAAGAACUUUCCACGUGUCGCCGCCGCUCACCUCUGGCCCUCCCGAGUUCGAGCGCGUCUUCCGAGCCCAGGUAAAUUGCAGCGAGUACUUUCCGCUGUUCCUCGCCACGCUCUGGGUCGCCGGCAUCUUCUUCCACGAAGGCGCCGCAGCCCUGUGCGGACUGUUCUACCUGUUCGCGCGGCUCCGCUACUUCCAGGGAUACGCGCGCUCCGCACAGCACAGGCUGGAUCCCCUGUACGCGAGCGCGCGCGCGCUCUGGCUGCUAGUGGCAAUGGCUGCACUGGGCUUGCUAGUCCACUUCCUCCCUGGCACACUACGGGCUGCGCUCUUCAGAUGGCUCCAGGUGCUCCUGCCGAUGGCCUGAGGCGAAGGACCUCCAAGUCAGCAGAACUGGAGAUCUUCGAACUAAACGCUGGGGCGCCCACCUCCGAAUCCCAAUUUCUAAUUAAAGUUUCCACGAAGAUCCCGUCUGCAUUUUCUUGGUCUGAGGAGGGUCGCAUACCGCAGGCUGCGAAGCCUGGAGGGCCCCAACCCGGGACAGAUGCAGCCGGGCUUUGGGAGGUAGCAUAGGCAAGCUUGGUUUCAUCCUUCUCAUAGUACUGUCUUCUAGACAACAUCUUGCCUGAGCAGCUACUUCUGCCUUGACAUUUAUUUCCAGAGAUAGCCUCCCUUCACCCACCUUUCUGUACUUGGGGUUCAUCUUCCUCUCAGGCUGAGCCUCAGUCAUUGGAUUCUUCCUUGUAUGCCUUCUUGUCCCCUACACCCACCCGACGUCACAACUAGAACCAGUCUUUCCCCGAGUGAGAUCUGGGUCCCUGUUUUGGAUCAGCGCUAGAUCUCCAAAUAGAGAUUAGUGUAGGUGUUCAGGACACCCCUACAAAGGCCCACACAGCAGUGAGCAUGACCAAAAAUGUAGUCAGUGAUAGGUUCUCAAGUGGACCUCAGGAUGCUUGAAAAGACUUGGGUAUGCCUACUGACAAUACACCUCUAAAUGACUUUUAACCUACCUGGCCAGCAAAAAUGCUUCUCAAACAGGCCUAACAAUGUGUGGGUGGAGAUGGGCCGUUUAUUUUAGAAAUGACCACAGUAUAAGCUAGGAGUUGUGGUAUAGUUGUAAUCUUAGUACUUAGGAAGUGGAGGCAUAAAUUCAUGGCCAGCUUGGGUUACAGUGAGUUCCAGCACUCCCUGACUGUCUCAAUCCCCUGUCCACACCAAGAUCCUAUUAUAUGAGACAAGGAGAGAAGCAGGGAGCACGAGACUAAGGACUAAGUGUGUGUGUGGGGGGAGGGGAUUGGCAAACACUCCCCAUCCCGAGGCGCUCAGGUCUGUGCAGUAGUUGGGCUGGGUAAUGUUGCCAGACCAGGAUGCUCUGAGAACACAUUGGACAGGGAUUCCUACAGGAUAGGUGCAUGAAACCCCCAGUUACUGACUCAGUGGUCACGACUUUCCUGCUAAGUAAAGAUGAGGUUACCGCUGAGGUAUGCCAACAGAAAUUUGACAUGGUAAAGGAGGGUCUGGGACUUAGUCCUUGGUAUGACAGAGAUCAAAGUCACCUUUGAUCAAGUAACCAGUCAAUAUUGGACAGUAGUCUUCCAGCACGGGUGAGCCAGCCUUCCCCCUCCCGCUCCCCACCACCAGCAAGUUUUGGGAGCCCAAGAUGAUAGGCCAAAUACAGGCAGGCACCGUACAAAUGCCAGAACCGGGAAAAGUCACCUAUGAGAGAGAUACUUCAUUAACCCUUUAUUACAAGUCACGCUCUUAUAGAAGUAUAUGCGAACUUACGUGAAAAAAUCAAAUGUAUCCAAGAAUAAAAAACACAGCACAUAAAGUAGUGUAUGCAUUCCAGUGUUCCGCGCCGCACACAGCGGGCACCCAAGAAAAAGCUCUUCUAAUGGCCUGGCUCAUGACCACUGGCCGGGGCAAACGGUUCGGUUCAGUUCUUUUUGGGCGGCAGCAGGCCGGCCCUCAGGCACAGUGUGGGGGCCGCCUGCCUCUCCCGCGGCCCGGCGGGCAGGAGCAGCAC